GUGUCAAGCAACCUCCGAGAUUCAAACGGAUUUGUUUUAAUCGCUGGAGGGUUGGCCACUCGGCAAACAUCAGAUGUCGAUCGAUCGUCACAAGCAGGACAGUUACUGGAUCGUCGUUCGAUGAGUCGGGCACCCCAAUCACAUCGCUCAAGUGUGAACACGUUCGCCUGUUCAGACGUGAUAAUUCAGAUGCGUCCGACUGCUUCUCUUUGGUGUGAACUCACCGGAAUAAUCACCCCAGAACAGGAGGACGAACGUUCAAACGAGGAUGAUGUGACUAAGAACAAAUCAGAAGACAAGAAAGCGACCAGAAGGAAAUGUGUAUUAAGGCAAUUACAACUCUCUAUAUAUGAUUCACUUGAUGGUCGAUCCACUGUCAACCAACCAGUGUGUCUUCUGCACGCCCACACUGGUUCUCGGACGGUUGUUCUUUUGUCUCGGUUGAUCACAGAUGGUCGUCUGUGCGCUUGUGUACGGUCAUGGAUUGGGCGUGUACUUUCUGUGUCCCUUUUUGAACUUUCCCCGGCACACGGUGAAAUCGGACGUGAUUCAGACGUCCUGGACGUCUGUCUGGGUGAGCUAAGAGUUCAGCAACUCCAGACAGGGCCAACCACCCCGUUUGGUUUCAAUGUGCUGGUUACUUUCGACAAUGUAUACUACGAAUCAUCUGGCGCCUCCGCACCAGUUCCAACCAGUACACAGGAGAGACUCGUUGGGUUCACGUGUGAGGAAUGUGGCAAGUGCUGCAAAUCGAAAGCUGGCUUUACCCAGUAUGACGGUCACUUUGUGCCUGAUGUGCGAGUCUUGACUGUGCUAGCGCAUACUGCGCCU